AUGCUUGCUUUAUCUUUUUUAGUAUCAAUCGUUAAGAUCUCCGAUUAUAAUGAAUCAGGAACUUAUACUGUUGAUAUGAGGGAUACCGAUGACGUUGAGAUACCUUUAAAAUCUAAAUAUACGACUCUUUUAAUUCACAAUUCUGCCAAUUAUCAAGCAGAUUUCUAUGACAACACACAGAUAUUUAUAUGCAGUAUAACUCCACGAUCAGAUUCACUACUCAAUACACAGUCAAAAACAGGUAGAUUACUCGUUCAUAAAAAAGGCAAUUUCGACUUCCUUCAUUAUACCAUCGUUAUCCCCGAUUCUAACAACCAAAUAAAGAAAGCAUCACAACUUGUUAUUUCAACAUUGAGUUCUGAUCAAUUCAACGUUUCAGGAUCAGUCUAUAACGAUGCAAGUUAUCAGAUACUCAAUAAUAUUACGACAUGCUUCUUAUUUUGCAACCCAAACAUCGAUUCCUACAAAAUUUAUAACGUUUCUUCCAAUUUUUCUAAAUCUGAGUAUUCAAGAUUAACAGUUAUCAUUGUUUAUUCAAUGACAAGUGAUUCUAUUCUCAGAAUUACACCUAAAACGCCAUACCAAAAUCAUGAUAUCAAACCUUUUAACACAGAAUUCAAGUUUGGAACUUCAUUAUUAGUUCGAAAUGGGCAAGCAUGCAUUAAAUUGACAGACGAAGUAUACGAUUUGAACCUCCGUAUGACGAUAUUUUCACAAUUAAUUGUGAAUUGCCCUGAAAAGACAACAAUUUUAUUCAGAAACACCAAUCAAACAAUAGAAAUCUCUACAAACGAUCAGAUAUUGAAAAACAUAUCUAACGAUAACAAAAUAUUCCGAUUCGGUGCAAAUGGCGGAAAUAUUUUGUUUUCGAACGCUUUAAACACUACAAUUUCAUUCACAGCAUUUGUUACUAAGGACAUUGACUGCGAAAGUACCUUUUUAUACUCAGAUAUUACAAAUGAAGCAUUAAAUAUUUCAAAAUCAUCACAUGAGUAUUGUUUGAUGCUUUGUUACAGUUCUAACUCAACAAUAUACGAACAAGGUUUUAUUUUAUACGAUAUAUAUUCACCAGGAGAAAAAAGAACUCAAAUUUUUCUUAAAAAUGUAAAUUUCAAGUCGAUUCUUGCUGUUUAUCGAAAUGACGUUGAUUAUGAACACAAUAUUACUAUUACAAGCAACUGUUCUGAUUUAUCUCCUUUCUUCUGCCGUUUUCCAGAUUUUGAAAAUUCUAUUUUUCUUAAACAAAGAGAUUUACGCGAUCCACACAUUCCAUUGACAAUCAACAUUGAUACAUAUACGCACAGAUCACUAGAAUUGCUUAUAAACCAAACAUUAGUUCUUAAUAUUUUGAAAUCAGUUUCAAUUUACAUCCAUGAUAGUCAAAACACAGAAAAAACAGCAUUGAUUGAUAAUAACAGCAUUCCUUUCACCAAUUUGUUUGAUUUUGGCUCAAAAACAGGUAAAGUCAUUGUUAAAACAUUUAAUAAAUUUAAUAUUUAUGUUACAGCAUUUCCAAGCAGUGGAUAUCGAAAGAUUUAUUUCACGACGAAACCAGAAGACUUCAAGAUUUGUUCUCCCUUUUAUAAUUCAACACGAAAUUUGAUGAUAAAUGAACUUGAUAACAUUAUUUUUGUCUUUUCAUCACCACAAAGAUACAACGUAAGUGUUGAUGCAAUUCUCGACAACAAAGGAGACAAAAUUGAAUUUUAUCGAUCAAAGAAUUCAUUCAUUGGAGUUCUUCCUUCAUAUACUAAUUCAUUUAAUAUCAAAUUCAAUGCGAAAUUCUUUGUUUUGAACUUUAUUUCGAUGAAGAAUUCAGAAUCAAAAUCUAUCAAAAUCCACAUUUCAGAAAAUCCAUCAUAUCAAUUAAUAAAUUAUUCAAAGUUGUAUCAAUCAGAUAAUAGAUUCCGUGAGAUUUUAUCUAAUGAAACAAUCAAAGAAGAUAAAAUAUAUGUUUCACAUCAUAACGCAGACACAUUCCUUUAUACAUAUGGAUCAACAGCAUACAUCACAAUGAUGAAUUCAUAUUCUAUCAUUGCAAUUCAUAAUGUUGACUUUGAAGGUCAAAUUUAUGAUUCAAAAGGAUAUUUUGUUGGUAAUGUUUCAUCAUAUACAUACAACUAUGGUUCAUUCCUUCCUAUUGGUGGCACCGCAGUUAUUUCUAGCAAUAAUUAUUUCAUUUGUUAUUCUAUUGUUAAUUUAGUUUCUAAUCUUUUUUCAUGCAAUUACAUCGGUAUUUCUAACAUCCCAGAUUCAUAUUUCCUCAUUACUCGUCCAUUCACUGAUCUUCCACGAAAUUUUACAUUUGAACAAAACACGAAUUAUUGUUAUCUCUUCAUGACACCAGUCAAAACAGAAUAUUUCAUUGCAUCAAAACUCGGUACACGAGAUCUCGCAUACGCAUUCAUUCCAGAAGACAAAUCGAAUACAAAUGUCAUCACAAAGACAACACAAGUUAAAAUUGAAGGUCGUUCUAUCUUUUUGAUCGUCAUCAGUUACUCAGAUGCGAACACAUAUAUUGUUAUGAACCACAGUGUCUCCACAUUUUUGAAUUUGUCUAUGAACUUGUCAACAACAUUCAAACUGACACAUCAAUCAAUUAUUUUCAACAACUCACAACUUUACAAUGACUUUGAAACACUCGAAGCAGUUCGACGAAUCCUUUAUUUUGUUUUCUUGAGUAUCAUCCUUUUGAUGAUCUUCUUUGGUUUUGUCAGUUUCAUGUGCAACAGCAACUACAAAUGCUGUCGUGCUUUUCGUGAAGAAUCAACAAGUCCUAUUGUCAACGAUUUCCCAUCAUUCACACCUAAUCAUCCAGGCAUCGACGAUGAUCAAUUCGAUGAUUCUUCUCACAGUGAUGAACAUCUUCAUUUACGAGAUCUUGGAGAUAAUGCCGAAGUUGUUGAGACAAACAGCAGAGUUUCACGUAAGAAAGGCAAUCUUUCUCCUUACUUAGAAGCACUAUCUCCUUCAACAAACCCUUAUCUCCAACAACUGAACUCUGACAACUAA